AGAGCUGAUGGACGGCGUGUUCGACAUGGAUGACGUGUUAGCCGGCAACCCACACCCGGUACAGAAUCUCGAUAUGUACAUACUUGGAAGUGCCUUUUUUGGAACCUACGCUGACGUCGGAGUGGACGCUGAGACCGUCGCUGCGGGAAUAAAGAAUUGCGGAACGCUGGCAGCUGACCCCAAUGUUAUCACCCACUUAACUGAAGACUCUCUCUUCGGCAUGUUGGACGCUACUGAAGACGGUAUCUUCAACAAAGAAGAUCUACCUGUUAUUUUUUCUGAAUUUAUAGCACGUUAUGGAAGGGGACGACAGUAAGAAUUCUGAUUGGGCAGUCCCUCCUUCAGGCUUAUAUGUCAGUGAACGGAUGAUUUGAGAAAU